AUGUGUGCCUCGAUCACUACGGACAUUAGCAACUACGGGGCUCGGGGAAUGGGCGAUCCAAGCCAUACGAUGAAAGCCUUGACUUGGCAAGGGAAGAAUUCGGUUAAAGUUGUGGAUACGGCUCGCCCGAGGAUCAUCGAUCAAGGAGAUGUCAUACUUAGGGUGACGGGCAGUACUAUUUGUGGAAGUGACUUACACCUGUUCCACGAGGCCAUCGAAGAUCUCGAAAAAGAUGAUAUCCUCGGCCACGAGUUCUGCGGUAUUGUCGACACCGUGGGACCGGCAGUCAAGAAGGUCAAAGUGGGCGAACGCGCUGUGGCAUCCUUCCAAAUUGCCUGUGGAGAUUGUUAUUAUUGCAAGAAGAAGUUGUCCUCAAUGUGUGAGCGGACUAAUUCGAGCGAGCAUGCCAGCCAGUUAUAUGGGCGUCGAACAGCCGGUAUGUUUGGAUACUCCCACUUCACGGGGGGGUUCGCUGGCGGUCAAGCGGAAUAUGUUCGAGUCCCGUACGGGGACGUGAACCUCCUUAAGCUGCCCGACGACGUCCCUGAUGAAAAGGGUCUCUACCUUUCUGAUGUUCUGGGAACAUCUUGGAACGCCGUUGUUGACACUGGGGUUGAAAAGGGUGAUACUGUAGCAAUUUGGGGAGGUGGCCCAGUUGGACAAAUGGCCGCUGAAUUCAGCUUCUUCCAUGGCGCCAAAAGGGUUAUCCUUAUCGACGGUGGACUGGGAAAAUGGCGGCUAGAGCAUGUCAAGAAGAUUCUACCCAAGCUCGAGACAAUUGAGUAUACGAACCUUCCGAAGGGCGAGACUGUUACCUCGACUCUGAAGAAAAUGUGCGACGGCCGCGGACCCGAUGUGGCAAUUGAGUGUGCCGCCGGUGAGUAUACGAAAGGAUGGGCCCAUUACUUUGAAAGACUUCUGGGCAUGGAAACGGAUACGUCUGAACUCCUCAACGAGAUGAUUACUUCCGUCCGUGGAUUCGGGCGUUGUGGUGUCACCGGCGUGUAUACCGGUUAUUGCAACCAUUUCAACAUCGGCUCCAUGAUGGAGACCGGGGUCCAUCUCGCUGGUAAUGGACAAGCUCCUGUGCAAAAAUACUGGCACGACCUCUUGAAGUGUAUUCAGGAGGAGCGAAUUCAGCCACUCCAUAUGGUCACCCACCGGUUCAAGCUCGAGGACAUGGACAAGGUUUAUGAGCUAUACAAUAGGCGUGAACCGGGUGUCCAGAAGAUUUUCGUCCAGACAAAGUUUUCUGCGCCUCCGUCACCAGGAGCUCCUGCCUUGACAAAACUCUGA